AUGGCCACGGGACUCCUGGUGUCUCUGCGAGGAUUUUCAGGGCUGCUGCUUCUGCUCUGUGCCCUUCCCUGGACUGAGGGUGGGAAGGUCCUGGUGAUUCCCUGGGAGGGCAGUCACUGGCUGAGCAUGAAGACCAUUGUGAGGGAGCUCCAUGCCCGAGGCCACGAGACUGUGGUCCUGGCUCCAGACGUGUCCACGUUCAUCAAAGGAGAGGAUUUCAUCACUCUGCAAAGCUUUGCCGUCCCUUUCACUAAGGAAGACUAUGAACAUAAUGCUCUGGGAUACUUUAAAAUGUUCUUAGAGACAGAAUAUUCUGUCAUGAUGUUUUUAAGCAAUAUGGAACGUAUGAAAAACAUAGCAUUGUUCUACCUGAGGGCUUGCAGUAGUCUACUGCACAACAAGGACCUUAUGCAGCGCCUGAACUCCAGUUCCUAUGAAGUCGUGUUAACAGACCCUGUGUAUCCCUGUGGGGCAGUGCUGGCGAAAUUUUUGAAUAUCCCUGCUGUGUUUCUUCUGCGCUUCAUUCCUUCGGACAUUGAAUUUGAGUCUGCCCAGGCUCCAAGCCCUCCCUCAUACGUUCCAAGAUCAUUCACCAGAAAUUCGGACCACAUGAGCUUCCUGGAGAGGGUAAAGAACAUUCUCUACAAUCUGCCAUACAAGAUUAUUUUCCGCGCCGCUUAUAUCUUCUACGAGAACCUGGCCUCGGAGCUUCUGCAGAGAGAGGUGUCCCUCACGGAGAUUCUCAGCCACGCCUCCAUAUGGCUCUUCAGGUUGGACUUUGUGUUUGAGUACCCCCGGCCCAUCAUGCCCAAUAUGAUUUUCGUCGGGGGAAUAAAUUGUGUCUUCAGAGAGCCACUCUCUCAGGUCUGUAUUAAGCCUCUCUCCAAAGUCUGCUCCACCAAUACUGGUUUCCUUGUGUCCCUUUUCUGA